UUAAAAGCUUAGUUGCCAAGAAAAUGACAAGAAGACCAUAAGGUCCAUAAGGGUCGGUGAUGAUAAUUUCCCCUCAACCUACCUCUCCCCCACAGAAACCACAAACGCACACGUACCCUUCUCGCUCUCUCUCUCUCUCUCUCUCUCUCUGUGUCUCCCAUUUCUUCCCCCUCAGUUUUCCCAGAAAAAGCCAUGCUUGAUCCUGGCAAUCGUACUAGUUCUUUGAGUGACAGUUACGGCGGUUAUGAAGCCCGCAGCUAUGGUUCCCGGGCUCGAAAAACCGCCCAAAACUACUCAAAAUACAAUAGCUGGAAUGGGAAUGGCAUGGAAGUGCGAUUGGCACCAGAAAUGAAGGCGAUCGAUGACUCCGGCAUUUGCUCGCCGCCUUUGUGGACAACAAGUCCGCCCAGAAGCCCUCAGCACCGGGCGGCGAACCACUACCGUAGCCUCUCUCCAACAUCGAGAACCCAAGCCAUUGUCAGAGGCCAGAAGGAGCUCAUGGACAUGGUACGGAACAUGCCGGAGGCCUGCUACGAGCUUUCGCUGAAGGAUCUUGUCGAGCAGCCCUUCGUUGAAGCCCGACAAGAAACUGUGCCGGAAGAGAGGCCUUUGUAUAGGAGGGAGAGCAGCAAGAAGAUGAGUGAUAAGAGGGUGCAAGCGAGAAGAAGUACCGGAGGCAUAGAUGGUGGUGGGCUUUACCUUAAGAUGGGCUUUCCGUUGUCUUUAGGGUCUAGGAAGAGUAAGCAGAAAAAUGAUCAGUCGGUGACAAAUUCAAGUGCAAAAGUUUCCCCCAAGUCUCCGGUAAUGGAUGGAUCUGUAAAGGGUUCUGUAGAUAAGGAGUGGUGGAAGAAGAGGUUUUCGGUGUCCGGAGAGAGUGAAAGUGGUGGGUCGAGUAGCAACAGUGGAAGCAUGAAAAGCAGCGGCAGCAGCAGUAGCAGAAGCAGCAGCAUCAGAAGCAGAAGCAGCAACAGCAGGGAUGGGAGUGGUGGUUGCUGGUCCUUCUUUCGCACCAAGAAAAGCAAAAUCCAGAUGCAGAGUAAUUGAGCUGCAUGGAAGACAAAUAGGAGUUCAAUAUAUGAAUAUCCAUGUAGUUUUCACUGCAAUAAUGUUUAGGUACAGUGGAGGGAGUAUACAAGAUUAUCACAACAAAAGCUUGCAACUUGGUAUAAUUAAUUAUAUUCUCAACAGAAUUUCGAAGUGUGUAUCUUUUUCUCCUUUUUUCUGUUUCCUUAUAUUGUAAAGCGACGAGUGUUGGUUUUGGUUA